AUGAAUAUUACAUCUAUUGACUUAUAAAACACCAAAGAAAAAAUGUCAGUAAAAACUUUACAAUUUACUUGUUUUUUCUUUUUUUUAAUUGUUAUAACAUCAAAUAUAAAUGCAUUGACAAAUGGAGAUGUUGUGAGACGUUUAGAGAAUAUGCUACAUUUUCUAGAUAUUAGUAAUGAAGAACAGUUAGAUACAGCAAGAACCAUGAAAAAAAUACAUAAUUUCACAAAGACCCAGGACCCAGUGUUAGUACCAGGCAGCGUUAUUACUUUAGGCCUGCAAAACAUGGAAUACGUUGUGUUUCAUACCAUCAAUCAUACAGUCUUUGAUCUGGCAACAUUAGCUCUUAGUAAAUACAAACGUCUAUCCAAAAUCAAUAAAAAAAUUUUAUAUGAUUUUCUCGAAGAAAAAGAUCAAAAUAAAGAUGGUACAAUUAAAUUUCUUGGUAUAUAUUUUACAAUUAUUUAAUUUCUUACUUAC